AGAUGACCCAUAUAGUUAUGACACUGUAGAAAUGGAAAAGAAACCUAUUAGUAUUGAGAUGGACAAAGGCUUUACAAAUAAGACAAGUAAAAAGAUGCGGCCUCGAGUUUUAUUCCAAAAUAUUAGCACAAAUGUGACUUCAAAGAACAACAUUUCAACUAUUGAAGACACCAAAGAAAGUAGCAAAUCAGAAGAAAGACCUAGUGACAUCUUCAAAAGACCUCAGAUAGAUAAAAUUAAUGAAGAUUCGUCAAGAAACUCACACAAAUUCCUUUCAAGUGCCAGUGAGGAUACGAACCGUAGAGUAAAUUUCAAACAAAAAGGGCCAAUUAACUUCUCGUAUUCCUUCCUCCCUAAUGACAUUAUGGCUAAAUCAGGUCAGAAAAAGGUGCGAAAUGCUAUUCAAACCUUGGAAGGCUUACUUGGAGAAGGGAAAGUCCAUAACUUAGACCUUAAAAAUAUGUAUCUGAAAGAAAUCAUUGCAAAAUAACGUCAAUGUGCCUGAGAUCAAAGAGAAGAACAACCUCACUCUUCUAAUCAAAUAACUUGAUUGAUAGGACCUCUGAGAAGAUCUCUAAAACUAGGAGUGAUGCUAUAGUGCAUGCUUCAUAUAAGAGCCACAAGUUGCUGCAGCAGAUGGAACAGAAGGAAGCAAAGUUUAAGAAGUUACAGAGACUCAAGGAGCUACAGCUUAAACAUAAUGCCCUUGAACGCAGAAGUACUGGGGGUUUCGAAGACAACCAAAAUAUUAAGGUUAACUUAAAAUAAGAAAUCAACUGCUAAAUCAUACCUAGAAGAUCUUAACGAUGAGGACAGGAAGGAACCCAUUUUGGAGCCAAACAUGACGAAGAAAAGUAUCGGUCUCAACUCCACUAAGAAAGGAUUUCAGCUCAACGAGUCAGGUUUUGGAGAGAUCCUGACUGAAGACAAUGACAAGAAGAACAUUGCUGUUGGAAACAGUCUUUGAACUACAAAGUUCUACAAGACUACUCUUGGGCACCCGAACGACUCCUCCAUUUUCUCUAAAGAUGAUGGCCAUACACUGUUUUCGAAAAACAGAGUGAAGGUGAACAUUGACUGCGAUCUUAAAUAGCGCAAACAAGAUUGAAAUCGUGAAGGUCAACACCCAAGCUGUCAACGAAUAUGGCGAACAAAAUGAAUAUACAAAUUUUAAGAUCUCUGGAGUUGAUUCAGGCAGAUUUGUAGCCCUCAAAAAUUCUGAAAACUCGAGCAUGGUAACAACUCCAGGGAAGCAUCUUCCCUCUUCGUUUCAUCCUAAUGCUCGUAUGAAUAUUUGUCAAGAAGAGGAGGACACUUCAAGAAAGAGAAGGAAGAAACAAACUUCCAAGAGUAUCAGCUAUAAUAAUAUAUCCUGAGGCUAUACAAAACAGUCUACGAAUAAGCUAAGACAUCAAUAUUCAGUAGCUAGGAACAUCAAAAACUCAAUUUACAAGAAUAUAGCUGAGAAUGCCAAAAACCACAGUAGCAACAUACAGCUCAGUAAAGCAAAGAUUUUCGUCUCAGGUGGAAAGAACAAGCGGUCUCACGGCUAUAUUGAAUCGUAUAAGAAGCAUUUCAUUGAUGAAUCUCUUAAAGAUCCAAACAAUUUGUUCCGAAAAUCUCCAAGCCCAAGGAAGGCCUCUCCUCGGAAGAUAAGAGUCCAGGGGAGACAGAGAAAGAACGGAUUAUAUCGGUCUACAAAUACAGGACUGGCAUAUGAUCAUGAUAUUAGCAAGAAGAACCUGAAGCUGUACCUCCCCCAAAUCGGAAUGUUUAGUAGAAGCAACUCAGAUAUUAGGAGCCGAGGUAGAAGAUAGAUAAUUUCCAUUUUUGCUGCACUCCCAGGG